UAUAAAUUUGGAGUUUUAUAUUGUAAGAAAGAUCAAACCAGUGAAGAAGAAAUUUAUCGAAACUGUGAUUCUAGUCCACGUUUCGAAAGAUUUCUCUCCAUCUUGGGAGAUAGAAUAACAUUACAAGGCUUCCAAGGUUAUAAAGGCCAAUUAGAUAUUAAAAAUAAUACUACUGGAACAGAGUCAAUUUACACAAAAUACUACGGCAAUCAAAUUAUGUACCAUGUAUCAACCUUACUACCUUAUAAUCAAGAUUGUGGACAGCAGUUGAUGAGGAAAAGACAUAUUGGAAAUGAUAUCGUUACGUUUAUCUUUCAAGAAAAUGAUGCUCCACCCUUUUCUCCAAGAAUUAUUCGUUCAAACUUCCAGCACGUCUUUAUUGUAGUCCGCCCUGUCUAUGAUGCUUCUCAAAAUCUUAUAUUCAAAGUCGCUGUUACUAAAGCAUGUGGCAUUGCUGAUUUCGGCCCCUCUUUACCAAAGGAAGGUUUAUUUACUGAUGAAGACGAAUUAAGGGAUUUUCUUCUGACGAAAGCUAUCAAUGGGGAGAAUGCAACCAAAAGAUCCUGUAAAUUUCGAUAUUUAGCCAUGAGAACACGAAUGCAGUACUUAAAGGACAUGUAUGGAAGAUUUACUACUAAUUUAACUGUCGAUCACGUUCCAAAAUAUGGUAAUUCUUCCUACGAUAUUUAA